UCUCUGCAGGCAGCGUUGCAGCAGAGAUGUCGCCAUUUCGUGCGUUUGCCAGCGCUUGCGUUGAAUGGUUCCUUCUUGGAACCAGUUUCACAGCGCUGGGGCUUUUCUUCAUCAUCAGUAACCUUGUGAAACAAUUGCCAUACACGCGAAACUUUUUAUCUUGGUUUUUCGUGACAUCAACGAGGGUGUUCUUGCCUUACGAUAUGUUCUACAGAACGCUUUAUGGAGUGGAAAUGACCAAAGUACUGUGGAGAAUGUGUUACCUCAACAUCAGGGCGAACCUCAGAGAAGGUGAAUCGUUCCCUGAUGCGCGUCUCAUAGAUACGAAAAAUCUUCAAAGAGUAAACCUUCGUGAACUGGUUCAACAUGACCGGCCUUUCGUUUUGAAUUUCGGAAGUUCCAGCUGACCACCGUUCAAGGCGGAAUUGCAAGCGUUUUUGAAACUUGCCCAAAGGUUCUCAAGCGUUGCGGAUUUCGCCAUCAUCUAUAUCGAAGAAGCCCAUGCCGCAGAUGAGUGGGCAUUUGAGAAAAAUAUCAACAUCAACCAACAUCGUACAAUAGAAGAACGUCUUUCUGCAGCUGAGAUACUCAAAAAAGACCAAGAUUUGGCUGAUGUGAGAUUACUUGUGGACUCAAUGGACAACAAUGCCAAUGAAAAAUACGCCGCUCUGCCCGAAAGACUUUUCAUUCUUCACGAAGGAAAAAUAUCCUUCCUCGGAGGCGUUGGACCAACGCACUAUUGCUUAGAAAGCCUGCGACAACGGCUGGCCAGGUUCGAAAGAGAUGCGAAGCAUUCAGCGAUUAAAAUGUUCAAACAUUCACAGAAAAAUCAAACCACUUUACCCACAAGAGGAGAUUAGAU